AUGGCUAUGAUAGUGCCGAAGUCAGGUUAUGCUCGUUUUUUAAAAGAAGGCACACAGCACUUCAAAGGUACGGAAGAAGCUGUCCAACGGAAUAUUGAAGCAUGCUGUGAAUUGUCAUCUCAGUUGCAGUCGGCAUUCGGACCUAAUGGUAUGAAUAAAAUGAUAAUUAAUCAUAUCGAAAAAUUAUUUGUGACAAAUGAUGCUGCAACAAUUCUGAAAGAACUUGAUGUUCAACAUCCAGCAGCCAAACUUAUUGUUAUGGCUAGCGAAAUGCAAGAAAAACAAAUUGGUGAUGGAACGAAUACGGUAGUCAUUCUUGCUGCUUCAUUGUUAAAGCAUGCAGCUGAACUGUUGAAUAUGGGUUUGAGUCCUUCUGAAAUUGCGGAUGGAUAUGAAAAAGCGACAGAUGAGGUGCUGGAAAUUUUGCCAUCACUGGUCAUCAGAGAAGCUAAUGAUUUGCGGGAUGUUACUUCAGUGCAAAAAUUUUUGAAGUCCGCAAUUAUGUCGAAGCAAUAUGACAAUGUUGAUUUGAUCACAUCUUUAGUUGCCAAAGCUUGUGUUCAAAUUCUACCAAUGAAUACUUAUAACUUCAACGUAGAUAAUAUUCGUGUUUGUAAAAUCCUUGGUUCUUCUGUGCAGUCCUCGCAAGUUAUGAAUGGAAUGGUUUUCUUGCGUGGAGCUGAGGGUGAAAUUAAAAAAGUCGAUAGAGCUCGAGUUGCCAUUUUCUCGUGUCCUUUCGAUUUAACUCAGACGGAAACCAAGGGUACGGUUUUGUUGGAAAGUGCUGAUGAGUUGCUGAAAUUUAGUGCAGGGGAGGAAAAUGAAGUAGAAACGAUUGUAAAAGGUUUGGCAGAUAACGGUGUCAAUGUAGUGGUCGCAGCAGGAAAAUUUGGUGAUUUAUAUGUUCACUUCUUGAACAAGUAUAAGGUCAUGGGUGUACGAUUGAAUUCUAAGUUUGAUCUCAGAAGAUUAUGUCGAAGUACUGGAGCUCAAGCUCAGGCGCGUUUGUGUGUUCCCCAGCGUUCUGCCUAUGGAGAAUGUGAUCGAGUUUAUACAGAUGAGAUAGGUGGAACAGAAGUAACAAUAUUUGAUAAAUUGAGUGAGCGAGGACAUAUUGCAACAAUCAUUAUUAGAGCUUCGAGUCAAUCACGCAUGGAUGACAUUGAAAGAGCCAUCGAUGAUGGCAUAAAUACCUUUAAAGCUCUCACAAGAGAUUGCAAGUUACUUCCUGGUGCUGGAGCUGUCGAAAUAGAGUUGGCACGACUGAUCGAAUGUUUUGGUGAAAAAUGUUCUGGACUGGAACAGUAUCCUAUUAAAAAAUUUGCUACUUCCUUGGAAGCUUUACCGAAACAGAUUGCUGAAAAUUCUGGGCUGGAUCCUGUUGAAAUAAUUUCCAAACUUUAUGCUGUUCAUGAAGAAGGUCAGAAAAAUGGAGGAAUCAAUGCUUUUACUGGAGCUAUAGAGAACACUGAUGAAACCGGUAUUUAUGAUUUGUACAACGGCAAAAAGUCUGCAAUAAAAUUAGCUGCAAAUGCUGCAGUUACUAUUCUUAAAGUCGAUCAGAUUAUCAUGUCAAAGCAAGUGAAAGGAGGACCAGCAGCUAGGCCGCCUAAGCUAGAUGGUGAACUGGAUGAAGAAUGA